AUGUCAUUGCCAAAGCCAAGAAGAUCAUAUCAAAGACUCAUAACUCUGGGCAACACGACGGGCUAUGAAGGCGUUUCGGCAUCCCACAGCAAGAGUGCAUGGGCUGGCGUUGACGCCGAAAUCAAAGCCAUCAUCAACAUCCUGGACAAGAUUGGAGAAAACGGCAAACAGAAUGACGAGUUGCUCAAGGAUGAGCAACAUCACAUCUCCGUCGUUGUUGCCAAACUGAACGAGAAGCUUGACGUUGAGCCACAGCCUAAACCUCUUCAGGCCUGGGAUAAACAUGCCAACGCCACCUUGACACCUCAAGUCAGCAGCGUCGAGGUUGAGAUCAAGAGUAUUCUGUCUAAGCUCCAGAAGACCAAAGUCCAGGGCGAAGCUGUGAUUGUUCAUCAGGUCAACCUGCUCGUGCGGCUGCUGAGUCUGUUGCCUGCAAAGGUGGAGGCUGAGAUCAAGGCUGGUGCUAUCCGCAACCGUGGUGUGCAUAUCGACGUUGAAGUUCAUGAGCUCACACUGAGGCUUGCCAAACUUCUCACAAUCAAGGCUGGCAUCAACACUUGGAAUCUCAAGAGCGCCAACGCAAGUGCCAAUGUCAAUGCCGAGAUUCAUAGCGUUCUUGUGAAAGUGCUUGGUCUCUUGAGAGUAAAGGCUAAUGGUGAUGCCAAGGCUGGUGUCUCGCACAACCAAACCAUCAGUGGGGAUGUGAGCUCAGAGGACAGCAAGAUUCAGCUUCUUGAGGGUCUGCUGAAGGUCCUUGCCGAAGCUGAUGUCGAUGGCAAGGCCAAGACCGACGCCGAUGUCAAGACCAAUGCUUAG